GAUUGUUCGAAAUCGACCGCGUUCAGCUUUUUCAUAGAAGAUGUUGCCACCACCGCUGUCAUAAAUGUGGUUGGCCUAGGUGUUCAAGAAGACAACGCGGUUUUCUUGAGUGACUCGGCUAAGAAUCCCAUUGAUUUGUCAGGGCACGCGAUUUACAAGGACAAAAACGCAGUUGCAUUGGUGAUCGAUCCUGCGAUGUUUGCACUUCUUCCAAUACCCUGGUCGCUAUCAGUGAAGACUACUUCAGGUGCAUGUUACACGCAGGUCCGCGUGAUUUCGCCGCUCACAGUAAUUCCUGGUUUUACUUCGGAAGAAAAGUCAGAUUUCCCAGCCGAUUCCCCUUUCUCGUCAAGAGGCGUUGACAAACACACAUUCGCCACAUUCCGUGUCUCUUCCGCUAACUACACGAUUGAUCGGACCAAAUAUGGGUCAUCAAAUUUGAUAGAGCCAUGGAAUGACGUCUACAAUCUCUCCUGGGUUCAGGUUCAACCUCGUGAUGCCAAAAAAUGUGCCUAUCAGUUUAUCAGUCCAAAUUUCGAGAUGACGUCAGCACCACUGGUCAGAAUGGAAGUCUCCGGCUAUUCACAGUCCAGAAUUCUUCUUCCAAAGGACGUUCUUCUUCUCUCAACGGAAACGUGUAGUGGCGGUGAAGUGAACCGAUUUGGCGAGUGUGUAUGUCCUGCGGGAUACAGUGGGGAAUACUGUGAUGAGCCGAUAUGCGAGAACGGCGGUACGAGGUCGAUGUCGAUCUGCGUAUGCUCGACGGGUUUCUAUGGAACGCUGUGCCAAUCGAAAGCCUCUCCGGUAGUCGUCCCCUCAACGCCAGCACCAGCUUCCACCGACAAUCCGGGAGCG